UCCAAUUUCCUGCAGCUACCGCCCAUGGAUUCUAUAAAACAACUCGGAGAAAAGCAGAGUAGUUUGCUGUAUUAACCAAAUACCAUGGAUUUCUUUUUCUUUUCCACUUGAAUUGCCUCUGGUUUUUUCACUACCCCUCUUCAUAUAUAUAUAUACCUCACCAACACAAGCAAUCUAAUACACACAAUUUCUCUCCUUUCUUUUAACUCACCAAACAGAAAAUCCCCAAUUCUCUCCAUUUUCGACAGACCCAAAUCAAGAAUCAAGAAAAAGAAACCCAACUCAAGAAUCAAGAAAUCAAGGAAAAAUGAAUGCUGCAAGAAAAGCUUGGAUAGUGGCAGCUAGUAUUGGAGCAGUGGAAGCACUUAAAGACCAAGGCAUUUGCAGAUGGAAUUACACUCUAAGGUCACUACAGCAGCAUGCCAAGAACAAUAUAAGAUCAUUUGCUCAAGCCAACACAGUUUCUUCAUCUGGGUCUUCUUCAUCAUCGGCAGCAGUUGCAAUGUCUAAUGAAAUCAUUAGAAAUAAUGCUGAGUUGAAGAAGAAAGAGGCUGCAAUGGAGAAAGUUAUGGGUUUGAGCUGCUGGGGUCCUAGUACUAUUAGAUUUUAAAUGAUUAUUACCUUUGUCAUUCCAAUUGAAUGGAUGAAUGUAAUGCUAUUUUUGUUUAUAUAGAUCUUUUAGAUAAUGAGAAAUCUUUCCAAGUGUGAGCUGCCAA